AUGAUAGCCUUGCAUUGGAUCAAAACACCUCCAAAUAAAUUAUUAGUCUUCGUGGCUAAUCGUGUGACUAGCAUCCAGGAAAAAACGAGUGAUGCGGAAUGGCGACAUGUUCGCACUAAAGAUAAUCCUGCGGAUCAUAUCUCCAGAGGUUUAUUCCCCAACGAAUUCACUGAAGAUCUCAACUGGAAACAUGGACCCUCGUGGCUCUCCGACGAGGAAAACACCUGGCCAGUCAGUGAGCUCAUCAUUCCAGCUGAAAUUCCUGAGAUGCGCAAAACGCAAUGCCUGCUAUCGGAUCCAAUGAACGCAGAAGAGAUUGGAGCUACACCCGUCACCAGAGAACAUCCAGAAAUGGAGAACGACGAGUACAGAACGACUUCUGUACCCUACAUUUUACGGUACUCAUCGAUAGGGCGCCUCAGACGAUUAUUUGCUCUCGGUUUACGUUUCAAAAAUAAAUUGAAAGGCCCAAUCUCAGCGUCAGAAUUGAUUCAGGCAAAUGAUCGAAUUAUCAAAAUCGUUCAAGAAUCAGAAUUUUCGACAGAAAUUAAAAUUUUGAGAAAAGGUGAACAAUUGCCACGCAAUCACAAGUGGAACAAAUUUCGCCUAUUUCUUGAUGAAAACGGUUUGUUACGUGUCGCUGGGCGUUUAAAAAACGCUCACAUUCCCUACGAUCAGAAACAUCCCUUAUUCCUUCCAAAAGGUCAUCAUGUUACCAAUCUACUUAUCAGAAAUGAACACAUCACGAAUCAUCACUCUGGAGCUCAAACAACUCUCUAUGCUCUUCGGAGAAAGUAUUGGCUAGUCGAUGGACAUCAUCAAGUACGCAAAAUCAUUCAAAACUGCACAGUUUGCGUCAAGGCCAAUCCACCGAAGAGUGAAUAUGUAAUGAGCAAUCUCCCGAGAUCUAGAGUGACAGAAGCAAAACCCUUCAGUAAUGUUGGAGUUGAUUAUUGCGGUCCCUUUUUUAUAAAAGAGAAAAAAUUCCGCAACAGAAAUCGCGUCAAGGUAUGGGUCGCAGUCUUCGUGUUCCUAGUGGUCAAGGCUGUUCAUCUAGAGGUAGUAACUGAUCUGACCACCGAGGGUUUUAUUGCAGCCCUCAAACGCUUCAUCGCUCGACGAGGAAAACCCAUCCACAUGCACUCGGACAAUGGCACAAAUUUCAUCGGAGCCAACAAUGAGAUCAAGGAGUUGUAUUCUUUCUUACAAUCCAAGAAACACAACGACGAAAUUCAUCGCCAUCUCGCCGGUCAAGGAAUCACCUGGCACUUUAUUCCCCCUUUAUCACCCCACUUCGGAGGACUCUGGGAAGCCGGUGUGAAAUCCUUUAAACACCAUUUAAAACGUAUUUGCAAUGAUUUAGUCACCUUGGAACAAUUUAACACUCUUGUGAUCGAGAUCGAGGCCAUUUUAAACUCCCGUCCUCUCACUCCUAUAUCCUCUGAUCCUAACGAUUUAAUUGUUCUCACUCCUGGUCAUUUCCUCACUGGCGAUUCAUUAAUGAGCUUGCCAGAACCAGAUUUCAGCGAGACUCCUGACAAUCGACUGUCAUGUUGGGAAUUGAUCCAGAAGAAGCAACAAGAAUUUAGGAGGAGAUGGUAUAAGGAAUACCUGAAUGAGCAGAAUCAGAGGCACAAAUGGAACCAAGGCAUCCACGAUAUUGGAGAGGGUACGGUAGUUAUCUUGAGAGAAGACAACUUACCACCCCGACAGUGGUCCUUGGGUCGUGUCAUCCAGGCUUAUCCAGGCAGUGAUGGUGUAGUUCGAGUGGUAAAAGUGAAAACCGCCAAGGGUGAAUUUGAAAGAAACAUUCGUAGACUUUCCCCCCUACUCCAUGAUCAAAAGAAAUGA